AUGAACCUUGAUGAUCAACGGACAAAUCGAGUCCUUGUGAUCUCGUCAUUAAUAUUCAUUGUAAAUAUUAUAUUCAGUAUUCCAUGCUAUGGUUGGCAUCAAACAUUAACAUUUAAUCAAAAAUUAUUAUAUGAUACAAAUGAUCAAAUUUCUCUUGUUUCAUCUGAUAUGAAAUUUUUUAUGUGGUAUGAUUCUUAUGCUAUUUAUGGUGCACGUGACGCACUCAUUUUACUUAAACCUAUUUUAAAUACUUCUUCAAUUGAAGUUUUUUCAUACAAUUGGUCUAUUGAUGCAACAACAAUGGAAGAAUGUCGUCAAGAAUGGGAUACAAAAGAAAAAUGUUAUAAUGAUGUUGUACAUGUUCGAAUUUUACCUAAUAGUACAACAAUGGAUGUCUAUUGUACUUAUGCUCAUCGACCAAUGGUUCGUUCAUUUGAUCUUCAUUCAAUGUCAUUUAUUGACGAAAAUACUCUUAUACGUGAUCCUCAUCCUCCAAUGGAUUCUGAACGUUCCUACGUUAUGUUAACUUUUAAUAGAAGUCUAGUAACAGCUGGUUAUCAAGGUGAUUACAUUCCAACGAUACGUGCUACACAAGGAAAAACAUUACUUUAUGCAUUAAGACAAAAUUCAUAUUUUGUUGGUGGAUUUAAAUAUGAUGGAAAAGCAGUUUUUGGUGUUAUUGAAACAUCGGAACGAAUAGAAACUAAUCGUGUAUCUCGAUUAGUAAUGGCUUGUGCUGAUCGAACUGAAAUCGUUCGUAAAGCUACACUUAAUUGUUCAACAAAUAUAUUUGAACAAUCACGAUCAUUUGUCUUUCAUAUUUUAACUGCUUUAAUUGAUCCAAUUCAUACAACAAAUGGUACAGUAUUACUCUUUGCAACAUUUACUACAAAUAAUUCAUCAAUAACUGCUUCAGCUGUUUGUUUAUUUGUUCUUGACAAACAAUUUUAUGAUAUAUUUACUGGACCAUCAAUAAAAAAUAGUCGAACAAAUGAAAUGAACGAAUUAAUUUUUAAUUGUUCUCAAUCAAUACCAUCAACUAUUGAUCGAGAUAUGGUUGAAUCAGAAAAACAAUUUUUACCUUAUUUAUCUAAUCCAUUAUUCAUGGAAACAAUGUCAAAUCAUAUAUUUACAGCAAUUAAUGUCAUUCAAUAUAAGCCUAAUCUUUAUUGUUUAAUUAUUGGAACAAGUAAAAUAACAUUUAUUGCUAUAAUUGUUCGUGUUUUUUUUUCAUAUGAUGUAUUUCAUUCAGGUAAUGGUCGUUUAUUUACGGCAUUUACUGAUGUAACAUUUAAAACGAAUAUAUUUGAAGAAUUGACAUUACCAAUGAGCAUGAGUUAUUCAAUCAACUCGAUUACAUAUAAAAGAGUUGAGAAUAAUUCUUAUGCGAUUAUAAUAACAAAUCAUAUUGGAUACUUAAUAAUUAAACUAACAUCAUGUCGCGAUAAUCAUACAAAACUUUGUUUUGAAUGUUGGAUGAAAGAUUGUUCAAUACGAAAAAUUGUUUUAACAGAUAAAAUUGAUAGACACCAUUGUGUUCAUGAAACUAAUAUUCGAUCAAUGUCAAACAAUAAUACGGAUAUAUUUGCUUUAGAUAUCGAUAAUUAUUCUUCAUCAUUUGAUUGGUCAUUACCCAAUCGAAAUUCGGAUGAAAAAUCAAAAAUGAAAUUAUUAUUCUAUAUUGUCAUUCCAUUGUCGUUUAUUGUCUUUAUUUUAACAAUAUUAAUUAUAAUUCUUUUAACAAAAUCAAAUCAUAAAAUAAAACAAGGACGAUUUUAUCCAACCGAUUGUCGUAAAACACGAGAUUCAUCAUCGGCACAUGUUUUUUCACAUACAUAUACAAAUAAUGCUAUGUAUAGACCUAAUAAUAAUAAUAGACAAUUAUUUUCUGAACGAAGAAAUCAACAACAUGUAUUUCCUAUUAAAUCAGAUUUAUGUAUACGUCAAAUAUCUUCCAAUCCUGUUUAUUCAACAGUAUCAUCACAAAGUUUGCCUUCAUUAGUAUUAUCACCACCAUCACUUAAUUCAUUGAAUCCAACACAACAUCUUUCAGUUCAUCGUCUUUAUAAAACUUAUGUGUAA